AUGACAAGUGAUCAACGAAAGCUCUUGACUCUUUCCCAACGCCGGGAUGCUAGCGAACACACGAUUUACGAUGUUAUUGUUUGGGUCCCUGAUCCAAGAGCACCCAAAUCUACAGGCAAACUCAUCCCAAAGGGCCCUCUCCUCAUGAAAUUACCUAUACGCGCCCGCGACUCCUUGUUAGACUAUUGCUUUGUUACGUCCCCCAAGAAGGAAUUGUGGAUGUCGUUCCGAACGAUUAUGCCCGAAUUUUCAAACUUGCCAAUACCUAUAAUUUCGCGGCUGCAUGUCAAGAUUACCACGCAUCUGCACGUGGUAUCUUCCAGUGAGGUUGUUAGGGAGCCCGAAGUCGUUGUUCGAUCCAACUACCGAGCAAACACUGUCAGCGUUAGAGAGCACGCUCUAGUCCAACCACAGAUCUUGGAAGGUCACAAUGGCGGCAAGACAAUUUAUGUCCAGGCGCCAAAUUCAAAGGAGUGGAAACCGGUCAUGAUUGAGUCAGACACAUGGGUGGGGUUUAACUCUCAUGAACUUCUGCUGGUCAACCCCGGAGCUACUUUUCCUAGCAUCUCCUAUAUUUAUGCCAUCUUUGCAUGUAAGAAUGCAUGGUUUAUCGAUAGCCUGUCACUCAACUAUUUUACCGAGUGGGCACGAGGGGACAAAUGUCAGUGGCAGAGCACUCAGGUCCAAUUUCCGGAGAUGCACAAUACCUUAUUUGAUAUCGAAACACCGCAUUCUACACAUACGGUCGUAACAUACGACAAAGGCAGCAAGAGCUACCGCCUCUACGUCUUCUUCUGCAACUUUCAUAAACCAAGUGUGGUUGUUUACUUUUAUCUGAGCCUACGGAGCGACGGCUCGGUCAACACUGUUGGUGACAAGAUUCAAGCGCAAGGGCUACAAUUGAUCCCAACCCAACGGAGCGAUUCGUCCAAUAUUUUCCGCGUCGAAGAGGCCUACGAUCGAGUCUACUGCAUCUGGAACCAGGACGGAAGAAUGUCGGGCUCGUCGGCAGAAAUUGGGAGUGACGGCAUUAUCAAGGACAAGUGGCUGGACUUUUGUGACGAAAGCAAACGGCCAUAUCUCAGUCCUGGGAGUGGACUAGGGUCUAUAGCAGCCCCUGUGAACUUCUGCAUUACGCCUGAGAACGAUUAUGUAAACUCAGGUCUUUAA